AUGGAAGUGCACGACGACGACUUCGACAGUGUAUCAUGGAGAAACGACCCUAGUAGCGAUAUCUCGCGGCCGACAACCUCAGGCACAGAUGCCGACAACUCCGGCGAGUCGCAUCGAGACACCAAUGGGAAGCGCAGGAUGAGCGUCGCUCAAGACGAGACCCAAGCCGGGCCAUUGGCUGGUGCGGUGGACCUAGCUGGCAUCGGAGAUGGCAUGCUAGAGUGUUCUGUCGAUGCUCCGUUGAAGGAGAAUGAUGGAACCAAGGAUGCAUAUAUCUCGUAUCUUGUCACCACUCAUACAGACUUCAAGACAUUCCAAAAAACAGACUUUACAGUCCGCCGACGAUUCCACGACUUUUUUUUCCUCUACAAAACUCUAUACCGAGAAUAUCCCGCCUGUGCGGUGCCACCACUACCCGACAAACACAAAGUAGAAAGCUACGUUACCGGCGACAGAUUCGGGCCGGACUUUACGCAACGGCGCGCCUGGUCGCUUCAUAGGUUUAUCAAGCGAUUAACGUUACAUCCGGUGUUGCGACGUGCGCCGUUGCUCGCUGUUUUCCUGGAGUCUCCUGACUGGAAUGCGCAUAUGAGGUUGCAUGGAGGUCGCGUUUCAACUAGCACGACGGACUCUUCCGGGGGUAUUUUUGAUAACUUUGCCGAUACGUUUGUCAAUGCAUUUACAAAGGUGCACAAGCCCGAUCGACGAUUCAUUGAAGUACGAGAAAAGGCCGACAAAUUGGAUGAAGACCUCAACCAUGUGGAAAAGAUCGUGGCUCGGGUUGCCCGACGUGAGGCAGACCUCGAAGCAGAUUACGUUGAUUUGGCGACACAGUUCCGCAAAUUGGUUCCCUUAGAACCAGAGGUGGAAAUGCCGUUGCAGGUCUUUGCGGCAUCUGUGGACGAGACUUCGCGUGGGUUGAAGGGACUCAAAGACCAUACGGACCAGAACUACCUUGGCUCGCUCCGAGACAUGGAAGCAUAUAUACUAUCGGUAAAAUCACUCCUCAAAACACGAGAGCAGAAGCAACUUGAUUUCGAGGCGUUGGUCGAAUACCGAAACAAAGCCGUGUCCGACCGCGACUCACUUGUGACCAAUCCUUCCUCAGCCUAUGCCUCGAACCCACUUACUUCAUCACCAGCCUCAUUCAUCCGGUCAAAGAUGGAAGACAUGCGCGGCGUUGAUCACGAGCAAUCCCGACGCGAGCGAAUACGCAAGCUAGAACUCCGCAUCGACGAGUUGACACGAGAAGUUGACUCCGCAAAGACGACAUCAGAAAUGUUCGACGAAGAAGUUGUACGCGAGGUAGCAGACUUUGAGCGCAUCAAAGCCGUCGAGUUUCGAGAUUCGCUCGGCGCUCUGGCGGAGAAUCAUAUUGGGUUUUACCAAGGCGUGAUUAAUACUUGGGAACGAUUCAUAUCGGAAAUGGAUGGUGAGUACGGUGGUGGGGAUGAUCUUGUCAGGGGUCGAAGUGAAGUUGUAUCUUGA